GUGUACCCACGAGCACCUCCCCGUCCUUCGCCGCCUCCCUCUCCCGGUCAGCGCAGCCCCGCGGUGCCCCCCUCCGAGGGCUGCCCGGGCUGGGAGCCGGCGGGUCCCGGCCAGCGCCAGGCACCGCCGGCGGCUCGGGGCGCGGAGUGGGUUUGUUAAGGCGCAGGACAUCGGCGUUGUUCGUGCCGAAAAGCCGCGUUUGGCCCUUUUGGCUGAGACAAUGACAGCCUUUGAAAAGAACCUCCAUCAGGAAAUGAUUUCUCAGCUGCAUAAUUUUGCUGCUGUUGGAGAUGUUGCCAAACUGAAAGCAUUGCUCAGCCAUUCUCCAUCACUUAUCAAUGCAGCUGCAGAUAACGGCUGGACAGCCUUGAUGUAUGGCGCAAGAAAUGGACACUUUGAUGUUGUACGAAUUCUUCUGGAAGAAGGGUGUGACAGGUCCAUCGUUAAUAAGUCAAGGCAGACAGCUCUGGAUAUUGCUAAAUUUUGGGGGUACAAGCACAUUGCUAAUUUGCUGGCUAAUGUGAAGGGCGGGCAGAAGCCUAAUUUUCUGUCAACUGAAGUGAAAGAGCGUGAAAAUUAUUUUAGCAUGACACUUCUGGACAGAAGAAGCGAUAAAAGAACAGAUUCCAACUGGCUAAGCAGAAAACAAAGCCAUCCAGCUACAGUAUACAUACUCUUCUCAAAUCUAAGUCCUUUGGUUACUUUAGGUAUGGGAACAGAGAGGUCCCAGCCACCAGAAGUCAAGCUUUGUAGGCUGUAUCACAAGGAUGUGGAACGGUAUAUGAGUCAAACAGAAGAAGUCACCUUGAUUUUUCUUGGAGUUGAACUUCAGUUCAACAAGAAUUUUAUGGCUGCUCGCAAUGAAAAGGUUCUGGAAGAAGAAGAAGACGAUGGGUUAGUUGCUUGGUUUGCUCUUAGCAUAGAUCCCACUUCUGCUGAGAAAUUCAAAGAGAAGCAUGAGGACUGUUACUUCCUUCACCCACCAAUGCCAGCACUACUGCAGCUAACUGAAAAGGAAGCAGGUGUAGUAGCCCAGGCUAGAUCAGUUCUAGCAUGGCACAGCCGCUACCGAUUCUGCCCAACGUGUGGGAGUGCAACCAAGAUUGAAGAAGGGGGUUACAAAAAAACUUGUCUAAAAGAAGGUUGUCCCAGUCUCCAAGGUGUUCACAACACAUCAUACCCAAGAGUAGAUCCUGUUGUGAUAAUGCAAGUCAUCCAUCCAGAUGGGAACCACUGCCUUUUAGGUAGACAGAAGAGGUUUCCUCCUGGAAUGUUUACUUGUCUUGCUGGAUUUGUAGAACCUGGCGAAACAAUAGAAGAUGCUGUUCGAAGAGAAGUAGAAGAGGAGGCUGGAGUCAAAGUUGGCCAUGUUCAGUAUGUCUCUUGUCAGCCAUGGCCAAUGCCCUCCUCCCUAAUGAUUGGCUGCUUAGCUGUUGCAGUGUCUACAGAAAUUAGAGUUGACAAGAAUGAAAUAGAGGAUGCCCGCUGGUUCACUAGAGAACAGGUCGUGGAAGUUCUCAUUAAAGGAAAUCAGCGUUCAUUCUUUGUACCACCAAGUCAAGCUAUUGCACACCAGUUGAUAAAACAUUGGAUUGGAAUGAAUGCUAAUCUUUAAUUCAAAUAAUUUAAUUCAAAUUCUUUAAGUUGAAUUAUUUCUUUUAGUGGAUGCUAAAAUUGGGAAUAAACUAGAAAAAACUGUUUAUCUAAUGUUUGUGCAACCAUGUACGUUUUUGAGUCUUUGCUUUGGUUCCUGAAGUGAAUAUGCAAACCUUUACAAUUUUUUUCAGACCUGAGUGAGAACUGAGUAAUAGCACAGUGAUCAUCCCAAGGAAUCAAGAAACAACUAGGAAAAAUUAAUACUUUAUUUUGCAGAGGAUGCUUUGUUUUUGUUUGAUCAAAUUAUUAUACCUGCCACUAUCAUGUUCUUAAUGUUUGAUUUGGAUUUUCCUGUCCACCACUAGAAGGAGUCACAUUACAAAAAGGCCUAACCUUGCCUGUUGCCUGCACUCUAUAUUUACAUCCUCCUGUUCUGUCAUACUAGUUUCCUUCUCAUUUUUCCCUGUCUCCAUUUUAAAAAAUUCUAUGCAGCACAAAAAACACCAGUCACUGUUCGUUGCUGAGAGUCCUAUCAGCAACAGCUAGUUUUAAGCUAAUAGCAUCAUUCAGUGGUAAAUAUGUAGUACUUUUUUAUCUACAUGAGCAACACUGUAAACAGAGUAUGUACUCUUCCAGUUUGAUUUCACCCAGUUACACAGUUACGUCAUCCUGAAUUUAAAGGUAUAACACAAUAUUUAUGAAUAAUGUAUUGGAAAACCAAACCAAGAUAAUAAUAUAUUUAUUGACCCUAGCCAAUGAGUUAUUUCAUUCUCUGAUAAUUUGUAAUGGAGGAGAAAAGAUUAUUUAAAAGGCAUAAUAUCUGAAAAUGUACACAAAGUUGUUUUAUACAAAUUGAGACUUUUAGAUUAUUACUGCUAUUAAGAAUUUACAGUUCUAAGAAAUAUACCAACCCCAGCUGUAAGACUGAGAAGGCAAUAUGUUAAUUAAAAUAAUUACUUAUGGAUAUUUAAUGCUAUAAUUCAGAUUUGUGCCUUAAUUUAUUGUGUUAUUUAAAGAAUAUAUCUUUUUAAAAUGGAAGUUUAUAAAAGUAUACUGUUGUUAUUAAUUUAAUUACAUUACAAUUCAAUAGUCUGUGAUUAUGCAGACACUGCAGUGUUAUAAAAAAUGCAAAUGAACAGGAGGAAAUACAAUGAUAGUCAUAAAAAUUAAUUUAUUAUGAAAUGGUAAUUUGUUUAUUCAGAACAACUUGAAUUUUUUUUAAUCAAUAAACUAUGCAAGAUUUGUUUCAAAAUUCUGUGCAGACUCUGCACUCAGUAAGUGUUACGUCUUUCUAUUCAGUGUUCAUACUACGGCAGCAUUUUUUGUUUGUUUUUAUGGCAUCAAGGUUAAAGCAAGAAGCACUUCUGACAGUCUUGGAACAGCUAACAAAUCAUUAUAUUGCUUUACUCUCUCCCUUGUUUCACCCACAACUGCAAAUUAAGAAAAUAACUUUUAUCAGUUGAGCUACCUGGAAAUGAGAAGGAAGCAAUACACUGUUUCAUUAAAUAUUUUCUUUUACAGAGAAGUACAAUAAGCUCUCAUGGACUACCACUAUUGCCAAUAUAUGGUCCUGGUAGAAAUAAUUUUAUUAAAAAAGUAAAAUAAAACAUAGGACAGAAGGAAGGCUAGUUGCAGCUGCUUCAUACAAGUAGAAGAGAACAAUGGAAAGCAUGUGAAUAGUGGAAGAAAUAUUUGCAUAGGACUGCAAUGAUUGCAUGGUAAGAAAGAUGAACAAGGAAGGAAUGAGGAGCAGACAGAAGAGGAAGGAUCACACAAUAUAUAGAUUUUAGGAAGGUAAAUCAUUUAUCACAUUAAGGUAACUAAAAAUGCAUAUAAAAGUUACAUUCUGGUAUUUUUUUUCAUGUAGGAAAUUUAUAUAGGUGGAUUAUAUAUAUAGGUGGAUUGCUAUAAAGGUAGGUUUGUAAUUGUGAAACUCAGAAGAAGAUGACCAUAACCAAUAUUUAUAUUGAUUCAGAUUUUUUAAUUGAGAAUUUUAUAAGAAAUAUGUAUCUGUAGUUACAAUACUAAUAAGUAGAAGAAUUGUAAUUUUACAGCAUGAAAAUGGCAGAAAAAGCACAGGUUGUAAAAGACAACAGUGUUUUAGUAAUUUGAGUUUGUGAAUAAUAUUUUAAUGAUCUUUUAAUGAUCAUUUCUAGUAACUUUUGGUGAUAAUUACUUUUUUAAUGCAUAUACAUUUUUGAAAGCUAACUAGCAGUCCUUCUUUCUUCAGCAGAUGAACCACUCACAGUAAAGGGGACAAACAUCAUUUCUUUAAGAAAAUUAAUUUAAUCAUUUUGAUCUUCUAUCAUUUGAAAUGAUAGGUUUCCUGGGUCUUUAUUGCCUUAAUUUGACUUGUUUGCAAGUUUGAGUUUUAGUUUGCAAAUACCUAUCCCUAGAAAUUUUCUGAAGGAUGGUUAUUUUCAGAUUAUUUAUGAAAUACCUAAUUGAAGAACCAAAUGCUGUAGUUAUUUAGCAACCAGAGCAAUUUAUGAAAGGGCCAAAUUAAAUUUAGCAUGGAAAUUAAAUAGAAAGUGUAGUGAUUCUCACUGAAAUAUGAUCAGCAUAACAGCUCCCUAACAUUAGAGUCGUAUGCUUUAUCCAAAAGACUGCAGCUGUGCAAGGAGGUUAUUUCUUACCACUAAGUUAAUACAGUAUGUUAAGAAAAUGCCAUCCUGGAAACCACUAAAAAUGGAGGGACUUUGUUCAUGUUGUGUGGUAAUGAUCUUUCACUCUCUUCUGUCUUGCUUCUGCUGUGGUACCAAAGCAAAAAGUGUAAGUAGUAACUAGAGAAAAUUCUCGAAACAUUUUCUCUUCCAGUUUGCCAGUCAACUAAUGAGAAUGUAUUUUGUCCAUUGUGAUUUUUAUUAUAAGAAAUAGAAAUAAUAAUAUAGUGUACAAAAAAAUAAAUGUUGUUUAAACAAAAUCCAUAGUACUAACAAAGCUGUAAGCCCAUGUUAUGAAUACCUUUGUGAGAUUUUUACUAAAUCUGUAUCAGUUCCCGUAAGCAUACUUCUUUUAUCUCAUUUUUAGUAUUAGACAUGGAUAAGCAUAUGAAAAAUAAAAUCUUUCCAGUAUCAGUAAUAUA